GAAUCAUGGCUCGCUCAUAAUAUUUAACACACCCACUGAAAGCUGGAGCUGCAGAGCUACUAGUCCAACCAGUCUCCAGAAUUCAGUGUAGCUGAAAGAGGUUUUCACUCUGCACCUGCCAAAGAUCUCUCCCCCCAUCUUUCCUCCUCUCCCCCCUUCUCUUUUCCUUUCUCUCUCUCUCUCUCUCUCUUAAAAAAAAAAAAAGGCAGAUCUGUAAAACCCGGCAGAGAUCAAAGCAGGGACCUCUUUGCUGUAAAGAACCUCUACUGAUUUAUAUUAGUUUCUUUCCUCUAAUCCUUCCUCCCCUCCCCUUUUUCCCCCCCUUCUUCUGUGCCAUAUUUAACCUUUAUGUUGCAGUUGUGCCAUCAGACAGUUUUGCAGCCAAAAAAAACCAACCCAAGCCAAAGCAAAAGCCCAGCUUGGAUACAGCAGCCACCCAGACUCGAGCUCAGUUGAACGUACUAAUCUCUCCCGAGCACUGGACGCGAUGGAUGAAGAAACUGGAACUGCUCUAAGAAAAUGAUUUUCCAGCCAAUGUUCUUAAACAGUCUCAGAGAAGAGAGGGAGCGAGAGCGAGCGGGAGAGCGCUUCUGCUGCAUCACUGGGCAGAUUCAAAGGAAGGGAGUCAGCGUUUCCAGCACAGCCAAAUAUUAUGGAUGAUUUUUUUUCUGCUGCUGCCUUUACGUCCAGGUUUUCUUAAUAUUAUUCUUCCCUCCUUUCCCCCCAUCCCCUCCCCCCUUCCUCUGUGUCUUUUUAUUUUGAUUUUUUAAUGAUUUUAUUUAAUCACAGCUAGUGUCUGAUGCCGGUUUCUUUUCAAGAAACAGUUUUCCCUUUUUUGUUGUGAUCUCUGGAAUAAAGAGAGAGAGAGAAACCGUGAACAGAUGGCUUUCUAUAUAACAAUGCCGCUGGCAUUGUUUUCCGAUUGAUUUUAAAGGCUCGGUCCGGUGUUCCUUUUUUAAUUGUUUUUCCUUUUAUUUUUUUUCCCUCCCCCUCCUAAGUUCUUGAUGCUACUGAGAAAUGAGGACCUAUUGUUUUUAGCCUGUUUAUUUCUCGGCGCCUAUGGAGAUAACUUUAUUGACUUGAUCGCUCGCAUCCCGAUCCGAAAGGAGAAAGCCAAAACCCCGGGGGGGGAGCUGGAAGACCCACGCCCGCCCGGGCUUUUUCCACGAAAGCGCUCCCGGCCGACCCUGCCGCCUCCCCUCCCUCCCCCUCCCCCGGUAAUUUAUUAGCCGCCCCGGCCAUGAAAAUGCUCCUGGUCCGCAAGUUCCGGGUGCUGAUCCUCAUGGUGUUCCUCGUCGCCUGCACCAUGCACAUCAUGAUCGACCUGCUACCGCGGCUGGAGCGGCGGGGGACCGAGGGCCGCCCCGGCUGCUCCUGCCCGCCGCCCGCCGCCGCGCCGCCCCGCGCCGCCCCGCGCUGGCCCAGCAAACACACGCUGCGGAUCCUGCAGGACUUCAGCGCCGAGCCAGGCUCCAACCUCUCCUCGCAGUCGCGGGAAGCGGCGGAGCGGGCGGCGGGGGGCGGCGGCGGCGGAGCCGGUGCGGACGGCGGGGGGGCGGAGGGAGCGCGGACGCGGCGGCUGAUCCCCCCCGGGGCACCGCGCCCGCCGCCCCCCGCCGCCGCCGCCGCUGCCCCGCUGGCCGCCCUCUUCGAGCACCCGCUCUACCGCGUUGCCCUGCCCCCGCUCGCCGACGGCGACCUCCUCUUCAAUGUCAACAGCGACAUCAGGUUCAAUCCGCGGGCGGCCGAGCAGACCGAGUGGCAAAAUGAAGAUAAUGAAGAAUUUUUGCCAACUGGAGAAACCUCCAUAGACUCCUACCCAAACUGGUUAAAAUUCCACAUUGGCAUUAAUCGGUACGAGUUGUAUUCCAGACAUAAUCCUGCAAUUGAGGCUUUACUACAAGACCUGGUCUCCCAAAAGAUAACCAGUGUUGCGAUGAAAUCAGGAGGCACCCAGCUGAAGCUGAUCAUGACGUUCCAGAACUAUGGGCAGGCAUUGUUCAAGCCAAUGAAGCAAACCAGAGAACAAGAAACCCCGCCUGACUUUUUUUAUUUCUCAGACUAUGAGAGGCAUAAUGCAGAAAUAGCAGCAUUUCAUUUGGACAGGAUCCUGGAUUUCCGCCGUGUGCCGCCGGUUGCAGGCAGACUUGUGAACAUGACGAGAGAAAUACGAGACGUCACUCGGGACAAGAAGUUGUGGAGAACGUUUUUCAUCUCACCAGCCAACAACAUUUGUUUCUAUGGGGAAUGCUCGUACUACUGCUCAACAGAACACGCCCUCUGUGGAAAACCAGAUCAGAUUGAAGGGUCUCUGGCUGCUUUCCUCCCUGAUUUGUCCUUAGCUAAGAGGAAAACCUGGAGAAACCCUUGGAGACGUUCCUACCACAAGCGCAAGAAAGCAGAAUGGGAAGUUGAUCCAGAUUAUUGUGAAGAGGUUAAACAAACACCCCCAUAUGACAGUGGGACCAGAAUCCUGGAUAUAAUGGAUAUGACAGUUUUUGAUUUCCUAAUGGGUAACAUGGAUCGACAUCACUAUGAAACCUUUGAGAAGUUUGGAAAUGAAACGUUUAUUAUCCACUUGGAUAAUGGAAGAGGGUUUGGAAAAUAUUCCCAUGAUGAACUUUCCAUAUUGGUGCCUUUAAACCAGUGCUGCAGAAUAAGGAAGUCUACCUAUCUGCGCUUACAGUUGUUAGCCAAGGAGGAAUACAAACUCAGUCUCUUGAUGAAGGAAUCCUUGCUAAAAGAUAAAAUAGCUCCCAUUCUCUACCAGCCUCACUUGGAGGCGAUGGACAGGCGGCUGAGGAUCGUCCUCAAGGCUGUUAGUGACUGUAUAGAAAAGGAUGGCUAUGACAAUGUGGUUGAAAACGACUUGAACGCUGACGUUAACACGGUCACCACCGAGAGGUAGUGACAUUGCAAGGCUACGUUUUUACCAGCCAAGUGAAGAAGAUUCAAAGAGGAGA